AUGAAAGUCUCGCUAGCACUAGCGUCCAUCUCUCUCGUGGCAUCAUCACUUGCAGUACCUUUUACUCGAGAAAUCCCUGGUGCGAAGAGGAUUGAACGCCGUGAUGAUAAUACCGGCGAUGCCACCGUCGACAAAGCCGGCGUUUGGGCGGGCCCGUGGGUCUGGAAACGUGACGAAAAUUCAGCCGAUGCAACUGUUGACAAGGCCGGCGUGUGGGCCGGUCCAUGGGUCUGGAAGCGCAAUACGAAGGCCACUGAUACCAGCGCCUAUUCGCACAACCCAGCUUCGGGUACAAGGGAAUUGAUUCGAAUUAUCGAUACGCCGGACUGGAGCACACUGGAGAUCGGUGUCUAA